UUACGCGGAGCGGGAGACAGUCCUGACCGGGAACGAGACACAGUCCCUGGGAUGAAUUUAUAAAAUCCAAAUCUAGGAUUUUUUAUUUUUAUAUUAAGAGUGAGAGGCUGCCGGAGGAAGGACAGAAAACAACGUAGACAUGCUUGACGACACAGCGCCGAGAUCGAAGCUGGGUCCUCCGGCGAGAGGUUCGUCUUUUUACAUAGAGAAUCUGCUGGGGACUACACACAGAGGGGCUUCAUCUGAGGAGCGGGUGGACACACGGAGCUUCAAAGUUACCGUCCACAGCCCGGUGGUCUGUCCCGGGCUGGAGACAAAACGUGUGGAUGAGAGUGAAGUGCUGAACUGGAGCGGGACGUCACCAAACACAGCGCACGGGACCUCAAGAAGUCCGCCGUACAACAGUGGACACUCUGUGCCAACGAGCGACCGGGAUUCCCCAGCUUUAACGGGGCGGGAGGAGACCGAUGAGCCGGAGGAGAAAGGGGACGAGAGUCUGACGGAUGACAGGGAGGAGGAGGACGCGCGCUCCUCCUGCUUCUCUCGAGAAGGCAGCUGUGAUACAGGUGACAUGAAAGUGGGACGAAAGAAGAAGACCCGCACCGUGUUCAGCCGGAGUCAAGUGUUCCAGCUCGAGUCCACUUUCGACCUGAAGCGCUACCUGAGCAGCUCGGAGCGAGCCGGGCUGGCGGCCUCGCUGCAGCUCACCGAGACCCAGGUGAAGAUCUGGUUUCAGAACCGCAGGAACAAGUGGAAGAGGCAGAUUGCUGCAGACAUGGAGGCCGGAAGCCCUGCUGUCCCCUACGGCGCCGUGCAGAGGGUCGUCAGAGUUCCCGUGUUGUAUCGCGAGAACAGCGGUGCGCCAAUGGUCGGCUUCUCUAAUUCUAUCAGCUACCCACUGACUUCCCACUUUACCCAUCAGGUGCCGUUCAUGACGCCUCAGAUGACUGGACUGGUGUGACUUUAAGAGUGGAAGUGAUGUAAAGACACUAUGCAAACUUGUGACUCUUCUGACACCAAUUAAUCAAAUAAAGAUGCUGCAAAAACAUCAUUUAGUUCAGUUUUGAUCCUGUAAAAUCAGAUAAUAAAGUGAAAUUACCCUGUGUUUAAGUUUCCUAGAAGCAACAUUAUGAUCCUUUAAUGGCUGCUUGAAAACAAGACUAUUCCUCCCCAUUAGCAGUGAUGUUUUCCAGUUGAUUUUAAACAAAGUGAUUCUGGGAUUCAGUGCUACAUGUAGUGGCUAGGAUGGAUGAUUUUGGCUAUUUAAGCUGCCAACAAUCGUGUCCUCAGGCCUACAUGGAGGACAUCUCACACCAGGUCACACAGGUUUCAAGUAUAGCUCUAUUUUGUGAUUAUUUUUCACAGAAACUGUUCGUCUUUGUAUGUACGUGGGGUCAAGUAAGGGUCAAUCAGAUUUUGAGCUAUAUAUAUGGCAUAUAUCUGCCUGUGUAAACCUAUGAAAACAAGAAAGAUUGUUUGUGAACAUCGGAUUCAAAAGUAGGAAGCUCAAGGUUUGCAUUGACGCUGAAGUUACAAACCCACAUUUAGGUUACAAGAAUUCAUUUUGGCUCUUAUUUUUUACAGAAAAUUACAAA